AUGGAUCCGGGCGGCGGGGGCGGGAUGCUUCUGGAGGACUUCGGGCAGCGCGUGGACCUCACGCGCCGCAUCCGCGAGGUGCUCGCCAACUACCCGGAGGGCACCACCGCGCUGCGGGAGCUCAUCCAGAACGCCGACGACGCUGGCGCAGGGCGCGUCCGCCUCUGCCUCGACCGCCGAUCGCAUGGGAGGGCGUCGCUGCUGGCCCCCGCGCUCGCGCAGUGGCAGGGCCCAGCGCUGCUUGCUUACAACGACGCGGUGUUCACCGACGAGGACUUCGCCAGCAUCUCCCGCAUUGGAGACAGCAGGAAGGUCGCCCAGACGUGGAAGACUGGCCGCUUCGGGGUUGGUUUUAACUCAGUUUACCACUUGACUGACUUGCCGUCGUUCGUGAGUGGCAAGUACGUUGUCCUAUUCGACCCCCAGGGUGCUUAUCUUCCAAAUGUGUCAGCAGCAAAUCCUGGAAAGCGCAUUGACUAUGUCAGUUCAUCAGCAAUUACAAUGUACCAUGAUCAGCUUUCACCGUACUGUGCGUUUGGCUGCGACAUGGAAGCAUCAUUUCUGGGAACUCUGUUUCGUUUUCCUUUGAGGAGUUCUGAGCAAGCAUCUUCAAGUCGGUUAUCAAGACAGUCAUACACAGAAGAUGAUAUUUUAUCUCUUUUUGCCAAACUGUACCAAGAAGCUGUAUAUAAUUUGCUGUUCCUUAAAAAUGUUCUAUCACUUGAGAUGUAUGUGUGGGAAUCUGGUAUGACUGAGCCAAAAAUAAUAUACUCUUGUUCCUUAGGGCCACAGAGUGAAAAGCUGUCCUGGCAUCGCCAAGCCCUUGUCAGGUUCUCUGGCACUCCUGUUGAAUCUUCUAAGCAGAAGUUGGACUCUUUCUCGAUGGAUUUCAUAUCAGAAGCAUUCUUGGGCAACAAGAUUGAGAAAAAGAGCUCUACCUAUUUUAUCGUUCAGGGAAUGGCAUCUGCAUCAAGUAAAAUUGGUAUUUUUGCAACUGCAGCUGCCAAGGAAUAUGAUCUUCACUUACUGCCUUGGGCUUCUGUUGCUGCUUGCAUCUCUAACACAGGGCUUGAGGAUACUGUUCUCAGACAGGGUCGUGCUUUCUGUUUUCUUCCUUUGCCAGUAAGGACAGGACUAUCUGUGCAUGUCAAUGGUUAUUUUGAAGUUUCAUCCAACCGACGUGACAUUUGGUAUGGUGCUGACAUGGACAGGGGUGGUAAGCUUCGCUCUGAUUGGAACAGGCUACUGUUGGAAGAUGUUGUCGCUCCGUUGUUCAGAGAACUGCUGAUGAAGUUGCGGAUGCUUUCUGACUCCACAAUAUCAUAUUAUUCACUGUGGCCAACUGGUUUAUAUGAGGAGCCGUGGAGUAUCCUUGUGGAGCAAAUUUACAAGGCUAUUUACACCUCUCCAGUCUUGCAUUCAGAGAUUGAAGGCGGGACCUGGAUAUCACCAGCUGAUGCUUUGCUUCAUGAUGAGGGAUUCUCAGGAAGCAAUAAUCUUAAUGAAGCCCUCGUGUUGGUAGGAAUGCCAAUUGUCCGCGUAUCUAAUGCAAUAGGUGAUAUGUUUUCAAAAUUUUAUAUGCAGUCUAUGCUCAAAAUAGUGAGUCCUGCUAUAGUGAGGCAUUUCCUCAAGAAUUAUGCUAAACUUGCUACACUAGGAAAGUCUCAUAAGUUGAUAUUAUUGGAAUAUUGUCUUACUGAUGUUGACAGUACUGAUAUUGGUAAAUGCAUGAAUGGCCUUCCACUGAUUCCACUAGCAAAUAUGCAGUAUGGGACUUUUUCUGCUAGUUCGCAAGAGGGCUAUUAUUACGUCUGUGAUAACAUCGAAUAUGAGCUUCUAGCUGAAGUUGGUGAUAGAAUAGUUGACAGAAGCAUCCCUCCUGUACUACUAGACAAGCUGUAUCAGAUAGCCAGUGAUUCCGAGGCCAACAUUAGGCUCAUUGAUGGCCCGAUCUUCUGCCAGCUCUUACCCAGGUUAUUUCCUCCUGGAUGGAAGCUUAAAGAUCAAGUUCCCUGGAAUCCAGGCUUGGGUGGGUCAUCUCCUACAGCAGCCUGGUUUAAACUUUUUUGGCAGUAUAUAGGGGGACGCUCGUAUGACCUUCAUUUGUUUAGUGAUUGGCCUAUACUGCCAUCUACUUCUGGCCACCUUCACAGGGCACGUACAAGCUCAAAAUUAAUCAAAACAGAAUCACUGUCUAAUUUGAUGAAUGAACUCCUGGCAAAGUUUGGUUGCAAGAUACUGGAUGCUGAAUAUUUGAGUGACCACAAGCAAUUGUCGUUUUAUGUGUAUGAUGGUGAUGCAACUGGAGUUCUUCAGUCAAUCUUUGGGGUUGUCUCAUUGGAAGGUGUUGACUUGCAAUCUCUGUUUCAACACAUUACCCCUGGUGAAAAAAAUGAACUGUACCAGUUUCUUCUGGAUCCAAAAUGGUAUUUAGGAGCCCGCCUUUUUGACAUAAGUAUAAAUCAAUGCAAAAAGCUUCCGAUCUUCAGGGUAUUUGAUGGAGGUUCUCCCAGUACUUAUGGUUUCUCGGAUUUGUCCAGUUCAAGAAAGUAUCUGCCACCUCUUGGUGUUCCUGACCACUUACUCAAUGCCGACUUUAUUUUCUCUAUUUGCCCAAGCGAUGAAGAUAUCAUAAUGAGAUAUUAUGGCGUUGAACGCAUGCCGAAAUCAAACUUCUACCAGAGUUAUGUUCUGAAUAGAUUGGACAAGCUGCAAACGGAGUUGCGCGAUUCAGUUCUAUUAACAAUCUUACAAGAUCUGCCUCAGCUGUCCUUGGAGGAUCCAAUGUUCAAGGAAACCUUGAAAACCCUUAGAGUUGUUCCCACUAUCAAUGGAACUUUAAAAAGCCCACAAUCUCUUUAUGAUCCCCCGGAUGUUCUUGAUAUGCUGCUUUGCUUGGGGCUUAGAACUUCAGUUUCUACUGAUACCAUAUUACAAAGUGCUCGGCAGAUUGAUUCACUUGUGAACAUAGAUCAGCAGAAGGCUCAUUCAAGGGGUAAGGUCCUUCUUUCAUACCUUGAAGUUCAUGCUCACAAAUGGUAUGUGAAUAAGCUAUCUGAUGGUCGGAAGAAGGUGAGCAUGCUAGCUAAAGUUACCACUGCGCUCAGGCCUCGUGACAAAUCUUGGGAAUUUGAUCUUGAAAAGUUCUGGAGUGAUCUGAGACUGAUUUGCUGGUGUCCUGUGUUGUCUACUGCACCAAGUCCAGCUUUGCCAUGGCCUUCAGUAUCAUCAAUGAUAGCUCCACCUAAGCAAGUAAGGAUGCAGGAAGAUAUGUGGAUUGUUUCUGCUGGCUCACGUAUUCUCGAUGGUGAAUGCACUUCCUCAGCCUUGUCGUACAGCUUAGCUUUGGUGAUGCCUAAGAUUUAUUCUUUGCUGACAAACUUGAUUGGUUCUGAUGAAAUGGAUAUUGUGAAAGUGGUUCUAGAAGGAUGCAGAUGGAUUUGGGUGGGUGAUGGAUUUGCGAAAACAGACGAAGUUGUUUUAAGUGGCCACCUUCAUCUAGCACCAUACAUUCGUGUUGUUCCAAUUGAUUUAGCAGUGUUCAAAGACUUGUUCUUGGAGCUCGGCAUAAAGGAGCACCUGUACCCUGUUGAUUAUGCUAGUAUUCUCAGCAGAAUGGCCAUAAGGAAAGCUUCAGCUUCACUUGAAGCUGAAGAAUUAAGAACAGCUAUCUUGGUUGUGCAGCAUUUAUCUGAGUUCCGGUUUCAGGAUCAGCAAACACAAAUAUAUUUACCCGAUUCUUCGUCUAGGCUCUGUCUAUCUUCUGAACUUGUAUUCAAUGACGCUCCUUGGUUACUUGAUUUUGGUCAUGACAUCAGUGGGAGUGCAUCAAGCAUUGCUUUAAGCUCGAAAAAGUAUGUUCACAAUUUUGUUCAUGGUAACAUUUCUAAUGAUGUGGCUGAAAGGCUUGGUGUCCGCUCUCUUCGUCGCCUCUUGCUUGCUGAGAGUUCUGAUUCGAUGAAUUUGAGUUUGUCAGGAGUUGCUGAAGCGUUUGGACAGCAUGAAGACUUGACUACACGACUCAAGCAUAUUGUUGAGAUGUAUGCAGAUGGCCCUGGAAUUCUCUUUGAGUUGGUACAGAAUGCAGAAGAUGCUAAGGCUUCUGAGGUUGUGUUUUUGCUGGAUAAGACUCAGUAUGGAACUUCAUCCAUUCUUUCACCUGAAAUGGCUGAAUGGCAAGGACCUGCUCUCUACUGCUUUAAUGAUUCAGUUUUUAGUCCACAUGACCUUUAUGCCAUCUCACGAAUAGGUCAAGACAGCAAACUUGAGAAACCUUUUGCAAUUGGAAGGUUUGGUCUUGGCUUCAAUUGUGUGUAUCACUUCACAGAUAUUCCUGGAUUUGUUUCCGGAAUAUCUCCAUCUCAUCCAGGUUUAAGGAUACAAUUUGUAGGAAGAAGGAUCUUAGAUCAGUUUCCUGAUCAGUUCACCCCAUUCUUACAUUUUGGUUGCAAUUUGCAACAGCCAUUUCCAGGUACACUCUUCCGGUUCCCCCUUAGGAAUGCGGCAGCUGCUUCGAGAAGUCAAAUAAAACGAGAAAUGUAUGCACCACAAGAUGUGGAAAUGCUUUUCUCUUCAUUCUCUGAAGUUGUAUCUGAGGCUCUACUUUUUCUCCGUAAUGUUAAAAAGGUUACUCUAUAUGUCAAGGAGAACAACAGUCAGGAGAUGCGACUUGUUCAUUGUGUGUCCAGGAAUAAUAGCUCUCAGAUGGGUAAAGAGCCUCAUGCACAUGGCGCAAUGCUUGCAUUUAUACAUGGAAACCAACCAUCAGGAAUGGAUAGAAAUCAGUUUUUCAGUAAGUUGAAUAAGACUAAAGACAGUGAGUUGCCCUGGAGUUGUCAGAAGGUUACUAUUCUUGAGCAGAACCCUUCUUCACACUUGUUGCACUCAUGGAUUUUAGCUGAAUGUAUAGGCGGGGGUCAUGCUAGAAAGUUGUCAACUGCCUCUGGUAGUAAAUCUCACUUCUUUGUUCCGUGGGCAUCUGUUGCUGCAUAUCUGCAUUCAGUGAGUGUAGAUAAUACAAAAGAACUAUCUGCUGAAGCUGAAGUCAACCAUGAUAACUCAGUUUUCACAAACACAGAUCUUGGAUCUUCUAAGGUCAGGAAAAAAUUUGAGGGUCGGGCCUUUUGCUUUCUUCCUCUACCAAUCAAUACUAGCUUGCCAGUGCAUGUAAAUGCUUAUUUUGAACUCUCUUCAAAUCGAAGGGAUAUCUGGAUCGGAAAUGACAUGGCUGGGGGAGGAAGAGUACGAUCAGAGUGGAAUUUAGCGCUGCUUGAAGAUGUCGUUGCUCCUGCUUAUGGGCACCUGCUUUCAGCUGUUGCUGAAGAGCUUGGUCCCUCUGACUUGUUUCUGUCAUUUUGGCCUAGUGCUGCAGGUGUUGAACCAUGGUCUUCCAUGGUGUGGAAACUCUAUGUAUCUAUUGCGGAACUUGGAAUUCACGUUCUAUAUACAAAAGCUCGAGGUGGUCACUGGCUGUCAACAAGGCAGGCUAUUUUUCCAGAUUUCAGUUUCUCAAAGGCAAUGGAGCUGGCAGAACUUCUCUCUCAAGCUGGUUUGCCUGUGGUAUCUGUAACCAAGCCAAUAAUUGACAAUUUCAUUAAUGCAUAUCCAUCAGUUCAUCUACUAAAUCCUCAUUUGCUGAGGAAUUUGUUGAUCCGACGGAAGCGUGACUUCAGAAGCAGAGAAGAGGCUAUACUUGUUCUUGAGUAUUGCUUGAGCGAUAUGGGAGAUCCUUCUUUUUGUGAUAAAUUGCAAGGUUUGGCUCUUCUUCCUGUGGCAAAUGGAUCAUUUACAACAUUCAACAAAAGAGGGGAGGGUGAGAGAGUAUUCCUUACUUCACAAAUAGAAUUUGAACUUCUUAAGGAUUCCAUACCACAUCUUGUUAUUGACAAUUCUUUACCAGAAGGUGUUUCGAAGAAGUUGUAUGACAUAGCUUAUUCUGCACGCAUGAACAUAUAUAUAUUCACAAGUAAUCUUCUCAUUGAGCUGUUGCCUAGGAUCUUGCCACCUGAAUGGCAACAUGCUAAGCAGUUGUCUUGGUUUCCUGAGCAGCAAGGCCAGCCAAGUAUGGAAUGGAUGGUAUCACUCUGGAAUUUUUUGAGGCAUUCCUGUGACGAUAUUUCAGUUUUUGCAAAGUGGCCUAUACUACCUCUUGUAGAUGGCGCGGUCGUGCAACUUGGGAAUGCUGCAAAUAUCACCUCCUCCCAUAUGAAUACAAUCAGGAACCUCCCAAUAUUUGAAUCUUAUAAAUCUAGGGAACUUGUUAACUUGACAAAUCCUAGAAAAUGGCUUAAACCAGAAGGGGUGCAUGAGGAUUUAUUGAAUGCAAGCUUUAUAAGAACUGAAUCUGUGAAGGAGAGGUCAAUUUUGGUAUCAUACUUUGAUAUCAAGGAACCUCAAAAGGUUGAAUUUUACAAGGACCAUGUCCUUCCUCGAAUGUCAGAGUUUCUUUUGCAGCCAGCUAUUAUUUCAGCAGUUAUUCGUGACGUGAAACUGUUGAUAGAUAAUGAUGAUUCAGCAAGAGCUGCAUUAUGUGAGACCCCUUUUGUCUUGGCAGCCAAUGGAGCGUGGGUCCAGCCCUCCAGGCUCUAUGAUCCUCGUGUGCCUGAGUUACUGAAGUUGCUGCACCAAGAAACCUUCUUUCCUUCAGAAAAGUUCAUGAUGACUGAAGUAAUUGAAUUAUUGGGUAGUUUUGGAUUGAAAAGAAAUUUCGGUUUUAGUACUUUGCUUGACAUGGCAAGGUCAGUUUCACUGGUGCAGAAUUCAGGACAAGAUGAUGCAUUUGCUUAUGGGCAAAAACUACUUACCUAUCUAAACAUUCUUGAGUCCAAAACUUCAAACAUGGAGGGCAGAGAAACUUUUCUUAAGGAUGAGAAUCCGGAAGCAUCUGAAAUUAGUGAAAAUUUGGAACCUGAAAAUCAUGGGGAUGUGUGUGAUCCAAGUGACCAAACUAGUGUAUCUUUGUUCUCGAAUUUCGAUUAUGAUAUGCCAGAAGAUUUAUUUUGUCCAUGUUGCACCAUUGCUCAAAGGACUUCCAUGGUUCAUAUCUGGAGAUAUCAUAGCACCACCAGUCAUCACAAGGCCGCAAUCGCAGAUGUGGCUUGUUUCAUCAAAAAUCUAAUUCUUAGUGCAGAUUCAUGUUCCAUGUAUGUGCAAAGAAAACUAGGCUGGUGUGACCCACCAAAUGUGAGCACAUUAUCUUCUCAGUUAGUCGAGCUCUCCAAGUCUUAUGAUGAACUCAAAAUGUUUUCUGCAGACACAGACAUUGAUGCUAUUCUGCAAAAGGAGGUUCAAGUAAUCUACUCAAAAUUGCAAGAUAUUAUUGGCACUACCAGUGGCAACGCUCUAAAAGAGUAUCUGGAUGGAUUUCAAUGGAUUUAUAUAGGGGAUAGGUUCGUGGCACCACAGGCACUUGCUUUUGACUCGCCUGUGAAAUAUCAUCCCUAUCUUUACACAGUUCCAUCUGAACUGUCAGAGUUUAAAAAGUUACUCUCAGAGUUGGGUGUGAGGCAGACAUUUGAUGCAAUGGAUUAUCUGAAUGUGCUCCGCCGUUUAGAAGGAGAUGUCAAAGGAGAGCCGUUGUCCACAGAGCAACUCAGUUUUGUUCAUUGUGUAUUGGAAGCAUUUGUUGACUGUUACCCUGACAGUCAAGCACCUGAUGUGUUACUGAGCUCAUUGGUGAUUCCGGAUUCAUUUGGGGUUCUGACACCUGCUAGAAACCUCGUCUAUAAUGAUGCACCCUGGAUGAAUGCUAAUCCUACUUCAAAGAAUUUUAUUCAUCUCAGUAUUGGCAAUGAACUGGCUAAUAGGCUUGGUGUACGAUCUCUUCGUGGAUCAUCAUUGUUGGAUGAUGAGUUAAUGAGGAAUUUGCCCUGCAUGGAAUAUGCUAAAAUAAGUGAGUUGUUGGCUUUGUAUGGUGAGAGCGACUUUCUUUUGUUUGACCUGAUAGAGCUAGCAGACUAUUGCAAUGCAAAGAAAGUGCAUCUGAUUUAUGACAAAAGAGAACAUCCGAAACAGUCCUUACUGCAGCAGAGUCUAGGUGACCUCCAGGGAUCUUCAUUGACAGUGGUCUUUGAAGGAACCAUAUUGAACCGAGAAGAAGUUUGCAGCUUCCAACUUCCUCCUCCCUGGAAAUUGAGAGGGAACAUCCUUAACUAUGGCUUGGGACUUCUUAGUAGUUACUUUGUUUGUGAUACAUUGACUAUUCUUUCUGGCGGUUAUUUUUACAUUUUUGACCCCUUGGGCUUGACUGGUGGUGCGACUUCCACUGCUACCUCAUCAGCGAGAUACUUCUCUUUGUUAGGAAAUGAUUUGGUCGAGAGGUUUCAUGAUCAGUUCCUCCCAAUGCGUGUUACACAGGAUGCUUCUUUAUGUACUGCAAACUCCACGAUUAUUCGAAUGCCGUUAUCAUCAAAAUGCCUCAAAGAGCUUGAAGCAGGUUGCAAUAUAGUACAACGGGUUUUUGACCGAUUUACACAGAAUCCGUCCAGUACUCUCCUGUUCUUGAGGUCAAUCAUUCAGGUAUCUUUAUCAACAUGGGAGGAUGGGGCCUCUCAGUCAACUCUGAAUUAUUCUGUACUUGUUGAUCCAUCUGUUGCUUCUUUGAGGAACCCAUUUUCGGAAAAGAAAUGGAGAAAGUUUCAAAUAUCCAGAAUAUUUUCAAGUACAAGUGCAGCUAUCAAAAUGCAAGCUAUAGAUGUGCACGUAAUUGAGAGUGGCUGCAGUUAUAUUGACAAAUGGUUUGUUGCCCUUUCCCUUGGAUCAGGUCAAACACGAAACAUGGCUCUUGACAGGCGGUAUCUUGCCUAUAACCUAACCCCCGUUGCUGGAGUAGCAGCGCACAUAGCUCGGAAUGGAGUAUCAACCAAUAUACAUCCAUCCAGUUGUAUAUUAUCUCCCUUACCACUAUCUGGGUCUAUAAGCAUGCCAGUCACAACUUUGGGGCAUUUCAUUGUGAGGCACAGUGGUGGGCGCUAUAUUUUUGGCAGUACACGUGAUGCAUCUCUGCCAGAACUUAAAGAGGACAGGGACAGGUUGGUUGAAGCGUGGAAUAAGGAACUUAUGUUAUGUGUGCGUGAUUCAUAUGUUGAGAUGGUUCUAGAAUUUCAAAAGCUUAAAACAGACCCUCUAUCUUCUGCUAUUGAACCAAGACAUAUGGUGAUAGGGUAUACUCUUUUGGCCAAGAUCAAGAAGCAGAAUCCAACUUCAUUCACUGGGCAUGGUUCUACUGGAACAAAUAUGGAUUCACCAAGGGCAUCUAAAGCGGAUUGGCAAUCCUUAAUAGAGCAAGUGAUAAGGCCUUUCUAUGUACGGUUAGCUGAUCUUCCUGUUUGGCAACUUUACCAUGGAAAUCUUGUUAAAGUAGAUGAGGGUAUGUUCUUAGCUGACUCAGGAAAUGGAGAUGAUGAUAACCUCCCAUCUGAUAGUGUUUGUAGUUUUAUUAAAGAGCGAUAUCCUGUUUUUUCUGUGCCGUGGGAGUUGGUUAGUGAGAUUCAGGCAGUUGGAGUUACCAUAAGAGAGAUCAGACCUAAAAUGGUUCGGGAACUACUAAAAGCUUCUCCGUCCAUUUUACUUAGAUUCAUUGAAACAUAUAUAGAUGUUCUUGAAUAUUGCUUCUCAGAUAUGGACCCUUACCGCUUCUCGGAUGAUCUACCUGAUGAAUCACGAGUUAACAGCCAACAUGUUGGAACAACGAAUUCUUCUAGAUCGCAUUCUAUGCCUUCUUCGAGCAGCACACUGUCUUACCAAUCAAGUACUCAGAUGGCAGGUACUUCUGGAGGUGAUGCACUUGAAAUUAUGACAUACUUUGGAAAAGCCCUAUAUGACUUUGGUAGGGGGGUUGUUGAGGAUAUCAGCAAAACCAAUGGUCCAGCAUUCCACAGGACUCAAGCUGCUGAAACUAACUUAUUGUCAUCCAUCAUUUCUGAGCUUAAAGGUGUUCCAUUUCCAACAUCAACAAUGCGUCUAACAAAGUUGGGAAUGGCUGAACUCUGGAUAGCCAAUGAGCAGCAGCAGCUAUUGAUGAGCCCUUUGCUGGGUCGCUUUAUCCACUAUAAAUGUCUGGAAAAACCCUUCUUGGCUCUGCUGCUUUCCACUCAGGUUAUCCAUAGGCCUCUGAAACUGAGGAGUUUUUCUCCCAACUUAUUAGCAGGUUAUUUGAAACACAUACUUGAUGAGCGUUGGAUACGAAUUGCACUAGAGAACAAAUCCUCAUGGAUUCCUUGGGACAAUAAUGCUGAAUCAUCAACUACUCCAACUCCCAAAUGGAUUAGAAGCUUCUGGGAAAAUUUCAGUUCCUUGAACGACCCUCCUGGAGAUGAUGUAGCUGGACAGCUUGAUACACCGGACUCCCCCAGAGACAAUACUAGAGAAGCAGAACAGAAUGAAGUGCUUGAUACUGCAUUUAGGUCAAUGAACUCAGAAUUUCCAUGGUUAACUUCUCUGCUUAACCAGUUGAAUGUACCAAUUGUUGAUCCCUCCUUCCCAGAGUGUGGUGCAAUAUGCAAUUUAUUUCCUCCAAAUGGUCGUACUCUUGGACAGGCAAUUGUUUCUAAGUUGGUUGCAGCAAAAAAUGCUGCACAUUUACCUUCGCCACUUAGCCUAUCAAGUGAAGACUGCGAUAGACUAUUUGGGUUAUUUGUUUCGGAGUUCAGAUUAGCUAACAACCACUUGCAUCAGAGAGAAGAAUUGGAUGUCUUGAGAACACUUCCAAUCUAUAAGACAGUUACAGGAACAUACACCAGUCUGUUAGGGUCCGAUCAUUGCAUUCUUUCUCCUACAGCAUUCUUUCACCCUAGUGAUGCCCGGUGCCUUUCUUGCUCAUCAAAUGCACAUUUGUUCCUUCAGGCUUUGGGGGUUGAACAACUAAAUGAUCAUGAAAUACUAGUGAAGUUUGCGUUGCCUGGAUUUGGAAAUAAAACAGCUCAAGAGCAGGAAGACAUUUUGACCUACUUGUAUGCUAACUGGAAAGAUCUUCAACUGAACUCUGCUGUAGUAGAAACCUUGAAGGAGACAAACUUUGUGGCAAAUGCAAAUGAAUUUUGUAAAGAGUUUUUCAAACCUGAGGAAUUACUUGACCCUUCAGAUGCUCUGUUGACUUCUGUGUUUUCUGGGAGAGAUAUAAGUUCCCUGCUGAAAGAAGAUGCUGAUGACUUCGAGGCAGAUUUCACAGACAGCAAAAAUGAAAUCCCUUUUGAGAUAUGGUCUCUGGCAGAAUCCGUAGUAAAUGUGCUUUUUGCAAAUUUUGCUACUUUGUAUGACAGUGCUUUUUGUGAAAAGAUUGGAAAAAUUGCAUUUGUGCCUGCUGAAAAAGGUUUUCCAAGUAUUGGUGGUAAGAGAGGUGGUCGAAGGAUUGUUGGUAAAGGCAAUGGUGAGGACACAUUAGCACACUGGCCAACCUCAGCAGGGAUAAUGACGGUGGAAGAUGCCUUUCUACAGGUCUUGCAAUACUUUGAUAAAAUAUGGGGAACAAUAUCUUCUUCAGAAAAAACAGAACUGGAGAAACUGGCAUUUAUACCAGUUGCAAAUGGUACUCGAUUGGUCCCAGUGAAGUCACUUUUUGCUCGUCUGACAAUUAACAUGUCACCUUUUGCUUUUGAGCUUCCAAGUCGGUAUCUUCCAUUUGUUUCCCUUCUUAGAGAGAUUGGGAUGCAGGAAAGCCUUACAAACUCCUAUGCAAGAGAACUUCUUUUGGAUAUCCAAAAGGCAUGUGGCUACCAGCGCUUGAACCCAAAUGAACUCCGUGCAGUUAUGGAAAUCUUGGACUUCAUGUGCCAUGGAAUCAACCAAAGUAUCACAGAUGGAUCAGAUGGUCUUUUCGAUUCAGUAAUACCAGAUGAUGGCUGCAGGCUGGUCACUGCUGCAUCAUGUGUGUAUGUUGACCCAUAUGGUUCUCGUUUACUGAGUAACAUAAAUACAUCAAGGCUAAGAUUCACCCAUCCAGACCUUCCUCAGAAUAUCUGCAGGGCCUUGGGCAUCAAAAAGCUCUCUGAUGUCAUUGUGGAGGAACUUGAUGGAAAAGAAGAAAUUAAAGUUGUCAAUAGCAUUCACUCAGUUACACUAGACAGAAUAAAAGAGAAGCUGCGAAGUAAAUCUUUGCAAAAUGCAUUAAGGAUUGUGAUGAUCAGCGUAACCAAUCAUUUCCCUUCAUUUGAAGCCCUUGCUUUGGUCCAGAUAGAACAGAUACUAGAGGAUAUAUCACAGAAACUGCAACUGGUUCAAUGCCUCCAUACUCGCUUUCUCUUACUUCCCAAUCUCCAAGAUGUUACAAGAACCAUCCAGCAUCCUUCUAUUCAUGAAUGGUCAAGCAAUGGAAUGCACAGAAGCAUUUGUUUCGUCAACAAAGCUACGGGUUAUAUUCUAGUCGCAGAGCCCCCAAGUUUUUUGACAAUAUAUGACAUUAUCACAAUUGUUGUUAGUCACAGGUUAGGGGCACCAAUGAUCUUGCCGAUUGCCUCACUGUUUGCAUGCCCAGAUGGUUCAGAGAAAGAAGUCCUUCAAAUUCUUCACCUGGGUUCAGACGUUGGAGUUUCAAAACGUGAAGGGAGGUAUGACGCUUCCCUUGGAGCAGAGUUGUUAUCUCAAGAUGCUCGGCAGGUGCAAUUCCUUCCAUUAAGACCAUUCUAUAGUGGUGAAAUUGUGGCAUGGAAGACAGGAAAAGAGGGGGAAAAGCUCAGGUAUGGUAGGGUCCCUGAAGAUGUAAGGCCCUCAGCUGGCCAAGCACUUUACAGAUUUCCAGUAGAGACAGCUCCUGGCGAGACUCGCAUGCUGCUUUCCAGUCAUGUUUACUCAUUUAAAAGUGUUUCAAUGGCUGAUCUCCUAUCUGCACCUUCCCAAGUGAAUGGUGGUGUGGCAUUAGGUGGGCAAGAGAACCUCUUAGCCACCAACACUGGCACUGAAGUCACCAAGGAUGUGGAUGCUGGGCUUCAAUAUGGAAAAGUAUCUUCCACUGAGCUGGUACAAGCAGUCCAUGAUAUGCUUUCGGCUGCAGGAGUAAGGAUGGAUGCUGAGAAGGAAACACUGUUUGAGGCUACUCUUUCCUUGCAAGAUCAGCUUAAAGAAUCUCAAGUUGCUCUCUUGGUGGAGCAGGAGAAGGCCGAAGCAGCUGUAAGAGAAGCUGAUGUCGCCAAAGCAGCAUGGUCAUGCCGUAUCUGCCUGAAUGCUGAGGUCAACAUGACCAUAAUACCAUGCGGUCAUGUCCUAUGUAACCGAUGCUCAAGUUCGGUUUCACGAUGCCCAUUUUGCCGGACGCAGGUGGCCAGAAUGAUGAAAAUAUUCAGGCCAUAA